AUGGGCAUUCAAACUCUUGCGCAGGCAAUUGUUCUACUUGGCAUCAUAAAGGAUAGUGCCCUCGGUGGAAAACGUAUGCUUCUCAGUUCUGUAGUACACAGGAGUACUACUCCGCAAGGACAACAACUGGUGGAGCUGUUCUCAGUCACCCUCAACGGUACCAGCGGUGAGAUCUACCUAUACGGCACCAUCACCGUCACCGAUGGGUUGCUUUCCCAGUACAUUUACAAUCGGAACAGGAACAAUCCUGAAGCCAUUUAUGCUAAUGACACUCUUUUGUUGAGCGGUCCGCCUCGAUCCAUCUCAGCCCUAGACAGCUUCACUAUCGAUGUGGAUCUCUUAGCUUCCAACGACGAAAUCAGCUACGGGCAAGGCUCGUGGAAUGUUUACUUGACGGCCACAAAUGAGUACGACAAGCCCUUAUCGACGGAUAUUGAAGGCAAGAAUGGUUCGGUGAGAUUGAGCUAUAUAGUUUUCAGUAAUGCCGUGCAAGCCACUGUGGAAGUCACGCUAGUAAAUGCGGAUGGAAAAAAUACUGCUGACGUUUUUGGAAUAAUUACAGCUCGUAGUGACAAAGUUUCCAACGAAAGUAUGCUCUUUUGGAAGACGUCGAAUGAGAACAAUUUACAAGUAAGCCUUAAUCGGCCCGUUUUCUUAUUGAGAUCUACAGUAGCUGUGCCCCUAGACUCCUCGCUCAGAAUUAGGGCUCAAUUAUUUGAUCGCGAUAGAGAAACUAAUUCUAAUAAAGAGAUUGCUCAUGACACUGUAGCGUUUCCUCCUUAUCUCUCAGCAUCACUUAGCAAUGAGCCUACAUUGUAA